UUUCCAUAACUAUUUAUAGGUAUGGCAAUUUAUUUAUAGUGAAAAUCAUUUAUACUUUCAGUAAUUUCAUGCCGUUGAGUUUACUGGAGCGCAAUCAGCGAAGGAUACUGUUUCCCUUGCACGUAACAUGACGCAGUAAUACAAGGAGACGAGUGAGAGGUGGCAGGACACGCAGGGAGCUACUAGACAAUCUUGAUUGGCGGAAUCCAACUAGGAAAACAUGGCAACAAUCUGGGAUGAUCUACAGUUCCUUUCCCUUGAUGGUGAUGAGUUGGAUGAUGUGUUUGAACCACCAUCUCCUACUUCCCUGAAGAUGAAGUCUCAGGAGUGUAGGAUGUCAGAUGCAACUAGCAACUAUAUGCAUGGGUGUAUGACAGGCAGCCCCACCAACAGUGUCAGCCACAUUGGGACAGUUUGCCCGGAAAUGGUUACACUUCAUUCGCUAAGCAGUGGACAGGACUCAGGCUAUGCCCCAUCCCCAUCAUCAUUUCACUCCUUUACAUCAUCCAGUGAUGAGGAUGAGUCUACUGACCUACCUGGGAGAUCUUGUCCAGGGAUCACUCCACCGAUAGCAAUUCCCCCAUGUUUCCGUUCAUCUCAGAGGCAUAAAAUAAGCCGUCAUUCCCGGCAAGAGACCUUUCACAAAGCUGCUCAGAACCCUGCGUCAAUAAGACGAGACAGGUCAAAGUCUUGCCCUGCCACUUCACGAGCUUCAGUACUGCAGCGCCUUCCAGUGUCCUUAAGACGUACAUUCACUCCUGUGCCAACUCAUGGGAGCUCUUGCUUUAUACCAACAGGAGACACUAAUAGACAGUGUCUGCUGAUGUCUUCCCACAGAACAGAAAGCACCAUCAUACAGGAUCCCAAGGAUCUGAGCAAGGAAGGGGGGACCUUUGGCCACCAGUGUCGUGUGUUGGUGUUGGCACUACCAGACCUUGUGGUAGAGAGUGGGAAAGAGUCCCCAGAUUCCAACAUCCAGCUGUCUCCAACUCCAGCUUGCUCCAGCAGGUCACGAGCAUUCUCUUGUGAGGUAACCCUUGCUGAGGAGGUUGGGCGGAAGCUGCGGUGGAUUGCUGAUUCUUUUUCAGCAAAAAAAACACAGUCAUCACCUGUCCACCUUCAGUGAACAGUAAUGGAAACAGCAGAUGGUAAGAUGGCACUCUUUCUGCAUCAGUGAAGUAUCAUCAUUGGGUUCAUCUGCUCCACAAGGAGGCUAUGCAUCAUGAGUGGCCUCCACUUCCAGUCCUCAAGAAAAUGUAUUACCACUGAGUUUCAUUUGUUUGCCUAGAAAAUGGACAACCAUUCAUCAAUGCUUUUGUUGUUAUUGUUAAUGAGACUUAAUGAGACUACUUCUUUUAGUAGAUCUUCAUUUAAAAAUACUGUUGGGAAAAUAUUAAGAUAUUAUGUAAUAGUUUAUUUAACUAUUUGCUCAUACAGUUCAUUGGAUUGCAGAGAAGGAAAGUUUUUUUUUUUUUUUUUUUGGUAUUGAUUACCCAAUUUUGAAAAUGUGCUUAUUUAAUUUCAUUAAUACAUUGCAUUCUUGAAAAUAAUGUAUUGGAUAUGUCAGUCUUAAUUGUGUAAAGAGUAUGUUGUGAAGAAGAAAUUGGCAUGCAUAAAGGAAGCAACUCUAAGGAAAGAGAAAACAAGGGUGUAUUUUUUUGUAGCAUUACAUGGGAGGUGUAAUGUUAGAUGGUAUUUUCUGAUAACAGCUCUGAAAGCAUUGGUAAGUGUUAAUGGAGAGCUUUCUAUCAUGUUAUGAAAUAUGGAAAUGUCAAAUAUAAAAUAAAUAAUAUUAAUUUCUCCAUGAUCUAAGAUGGGAAUGCCAUUUUCUCAGACUUCUAAUUUGCAGUUUGAUAUUGACUAUUUUUAAUCACCUUAGAAUAGGUAAACUAGACUUUGUAAAUGAAUUAUAUUCCUUAUUUGUAAUAAAAAAUUCAUAAAUUUUUGUAAAUCAUGAAUUUGAUUUUUUUUUUUUUUUUUACAUUAUUUAAUAUUUUUGUUGAAUUUUUUUACUAAUGCUAAUUCUGUAUGAAUAGAUUGGUGCAUUGGAGAAUUCAUUUGAUUUGUUAAUUCAUACAUUUAUAUUUUGAAGAUUUGUAAAUUAUGAAUACCUUGUAUUAACUUCAUGUCAAAAGCAGAGCUUUCAGCACUUCCAGAUGAUUGUUGAGUGUAUUUUAAAAUACUUACACAUUAUUGUCCUUAGUGUUAUUUUGUGUUUAGGCAUUGUAUAAAGAUAGAUGUUGACUUGUAUUGAAAGCAGAAAAGAGUUGAUUUCAUAUUCCUUACUUCCUCUGUGUUGGUCUCUGCUACUGUUGCUUCAUCAUCAUCAUGACAUCACCAUUGCCUUCCCCAAAAAUCUGCUUCAAACUUGAUGGAAUUUUGAGAAAUUUCAUACACACUGUUUAGUUAAGCAACAGUUUUGUUUACUGAACCAUCCCAGAGAAUGUUUAUACUAUCUGUCAAUCUUCUGAAGGCCUUGUACUCGUUUUGAUGUUCUGCUUCAUGUAGGUGUUGACUUACCAGAAGAGGUUGAUUGGAGGGAUGCCCACUAACACUGGUGUUCACUAUCAUAGAGUGGAGAGUGUGAUAGCAGCAGUGAUAACUAUCGGUGUAUUGGUCGUGUUUUAUGAAAUUAACAUUUUUCUCUAUA